UGCCAUGGUUUAAGGGUCGAGCUGACAACAACGAUCUUUCGUGUUCUGUCACUCGCAUAAGACGUGCGGUCUCAGCCCCGCUCCAGCCACCAAAUCACGGCUGCAGGACGGCGGCCAUUCCCAUUCGGACACAGUUCCAAUGCUGCGCCAUUCCCCGUUACGAUCAGCUAGCUACAAGUAGCUCAGGCCUUUUCCUGUCACGCCUUCAUUCCACGGUGCCCAACCCACAGCCCAUACGCCACGCGCGGUUCCCAAAACUGCCGCGAUGGACCCCCUGACUAUCCUGUCGAUAGCGGCAUCGACCGUUCAAUUUUUGGAUUUUGGGUCGCGGAUUCUGACAGUCAUACUCGAUUCGCGACAUGGGGGUUCGUCGGCUGCGCGGGUUGGGGUGAACGAGCUCUUUGACGACUCGCAGGGCUUGAUGGCACGCGGCAGGGCUAUUGAAGACAAGGCCGAACUUUUGAUGAGCUUGAAGCGGCCUCUCUCAAUUACGGAAGCGGCGCUCUUGAAAGAAUCCCGUCGUUGUGUGGAAGCCAGCCAGGAAAUCUCCGCGACGGUCGGGAAACACGUCCAAGAUCACACGAAGCAGUCGAUCUCGGAUACGAUUGGGGAAGCGUUCAACUUGGUUUGGAACGAAAAGUCCAUCAAAGAUAGUAAGAACAAGUUGGGCGAGGCCAGACAGAAACUGAUGUUCGCAAUGGUUUCAGACUUGUGGGAACGCUCAGUGCCGAGCAAAGUGCCGGCAGCCGAGACCACGAGGCACCAGGCCCUUAUCAAGCAAGUACAAUCCCAGGAUCAAGCAGAAGUCGACCUCCCAACAGAAACUCAGUCAUUGUUCAUAUAUCACCAAAAGAAGGCCGGACAGAAUUUAACCAAAACUACAUCCGUGACCGUGGAGUCUAACGCCCAUGACCCCGAGUACGCCGACAGUCUGCUCAGAAGCCUUCACUUUGCUGCCUUGGACAACCGACUGCAGGCGAUUCCUAAAGCAUAUAAAAAUACCUUCGAGUGGGUGUUACAAGAACCCCCCCAAUCCGAGGACGCCGAGCCUCAGCCUUUGUGGAGCAGUUUCUCGGACUGGCUUAGACAAGAUACCGAAAACAUAUAUUGGAUUACUGGCAAACCCGGCUCCGGCAAGUCGACUUUGAUGAAACACCUAGUUGCCGAGCCCGCAACCUUCUCACAUCUCAAACAGUGGUCCGGCGACAACAAAGUUCUGACGGCUAUGUUCUACUCGUGGGAUGCUGGGAGCGACCUCCAAAAAUCACAGAUCGGGCUUUUGCGAACGCUGUUGUACCAAAUUGUUAACCAGGUCCCCGAAAUCGCGCCGCGGCUGUUCCCAGGUCGAUGGGCUAUGCAAAAGAUCUUUGGGCCGGCCUCGCUGGAACAUCUACCUCUAUGGACUUGGGAUGAGCUAUUCGAUAGUGUUGGUAGUCUGGCUACGCUUCCACAGCGAGACUUCAACCUCGUCAUCUUCGUGGACGGACUGGACGAGUUUACCGGCGAUCACUCGAAACUCAUCGAUCUGGUCAGACAGCUCCACAGCCAGCCGGGGAUCAAAGUAUGUGUGAGCAGCCGCCCGUGGAACGAUUUCCGGGAUGCGUUUGUGUCCUGUCCGCAAUUACGGAUGGAGGUACUCACAGAGAGCGACCUGAAGACCUUCGUGGAGGGCGUCUCACAUGCAAACGUCGCCUUCUUGGAGCUCAAGGACGCCUACCCGGUCGAAGCGGAAGAGUUGCUGGCCAAAGUUGUGGAACGGGCUUGCGGCGUCUUCCUCUGGGUCUCGCUCGUCAUGAAGACACUACUAGACUCGCUCACCGACGGCACCACGCUCGCCCAUCUCGAGCACCUUGUAGACAGCCUCCCCAAAGACUUGUCGAAGCUCUACGAGAGACUCUGGAGGCGAGUCAAGGGCAGCUACCAACGCGCCGGCUCUCGGCUCUUGCUCUUAUUCCGCGCGUACACCAGCGCCCCGAUCCUCGUCCUCGACGCCAAGAAAAUCGCCAUGCCCGCCGGGAUGCAUGCGGAGAUGCUCUGGCUCGCCGACCGCAACCCGCCCGACAGCCACCGACGCAUCAUCCAAGUCCUCCGCCGCAAGCUCAACAGCCGCACCAUGGGCCUUCUCGAACUGACGCGCGACGACCACGUCAACUACCUCCACCGCACAACCAAAGAAUGGCUGGACACCUUCUGGGCCGAGAUGGAGACGCACGCGCAAGCGCACUUCGACCCCCACCUCGGCCUGCUCCGCGCCAUCUCCCGCGUCGCGUCCGACGGCUCCAACCUGGCGCAGAACCGCCUCGGCGCGCAGUCGGGCUCGUGGCAGUCGUACUGCAACAUGUGGGGCUGGCUGCUGGAAGCCUUCUACCACGCGGGCCGCGUGCUGCACGACCCGCACGACCGCCUAGUCGAGGAGCUUGACCGCGUCGAGGACGCUUUCCGCGGGAUGCGUUUUAUUACGACUACUAUGGUGCCCCAUGUGUCCCACUGGGCGCGGGCCAGGCGGGGGUCCGCGGACCAGUGUGGGUUCGCCGGUCUGGCGGCGGAGUUUGGCGUGGUUCGGUAUGUGCAGGCCAAGGUGGAGGAGUCGUCGGACUAUGGUUCCAUAAAGGGUGGCGAGGAGGAUUUGGUGUCGUGUCUUUUGCUUGGGCCGGGCGCGCGGGGGUUGCCGAAGAGGGAGUACAAGGCGUUGGGGGAUACGCCGCUGAGGCAGCGGUUGGAUUGUAUUGACAAGUUUGUGUUUGAACAUAUGGCGUUCAACCACGAGGGGCGGUACCGUGUGGCUAAGGAGCUUCUUGAUUCGUGUUGUGAUAGAAAGGGUAAGCUCCCUGCCACGCUGCGGACAAGGCUGGCGCCGCUGGCGGAGCGGGUCGCGGUACGGAAUGAUCGAGGAUGGCCGCAUAUGGAGUCAAGUCAGGUCCCCGUCAAGACAACUGACAGUGAGAUGGCGUACGGCGACGCGGUUAUGGAGUUGCUGGAUGGUUAUGGUAUUGGGGAAAGGAGAGGUGGCGUCAGGGAGUCUUUUAAAGCGUGGUUACAGUGGAAGCUGGAGAGCUAGAUGGUGCUUGAGCUGAAGCAUUUACAAAUAGAUACCUUACCUGUACACUAAUAGGUCAGGUUCCUGGCAAAGUACAGUAGGCACUUAAUAUUGUA